UGCUGACAAAUUCACGAAUGUUAUCAGUGUUUCCAAACACAAAGUAGAAUUCAAGAUGAUUUUUUUAGACCGUUAUGUAAAAAAAAACAAUAAUAUUAAGAAAAGGACGGACUAAACUUCCUCAGUGUGAUAUGGCGUAGCAAGGGGCAAGAAGUUGAUGUUUUGCCUUACUUUGAAUAUUUUUCUCCUGGUUUCGAGACUUAAUUAUUUACUUUCAGGCGCUUUUUAAGGUUCAGUUGCAUGUAUUAAAUGAAAAGGAUGAGAUAUGAUGGCUAACAGUGUCCAACGUUGCUUCAGUAAAGUACAAGUAGCUCAGUAGCUGGAAAUGUUGAAGCGUGGUGGAUCAAGUAGCAAAAGCUACAGUCCUUACGCGACUAGUCAGAGAGUGAAAAAAUCAAACGGCAAAACUAAAUUGGACAUCUUACCAAAUAGACCCAACGUCUGGCUCAAACAGCUCUCUGCUCUUCAAGAACAGCCUCGGAAAGAUGCAGUCGAUGCCGUCACCUCUUCGUCCCAUACUUCCUCCAAUCUGUCUCCCCCUGUCCUAGAAGUCCCGUCUUCCUGUCCAGGUACCCCUUUGGUCCAGCACACUAAGCUGGUUGGCAGCCCGUCCCCAAUGGGCACCCUAAAGCGGCCGACUUCCCUGAGUCGUAAUCAAAGCGCCGCGGGCUUCCCGAUACAGUCUUGGGUCUUCAGUAAGGGUGCAGGAAAAUCCGUCAUCGCGCAGAGUCCCUCGCCGGAGACGCCCGAGACUACAGUGGCUAUCGAGGUGGAAGACAUCCCGUCGUUGUUGCGCAUAGUGGAGCGGUUUGCCAAAGCGGUGGAGAAACUGAAAGAUGUUGUGCUUGAAGACAAACAGGAGAACCGGCGUCCAUUGGCCCAUGAGUGUUUGGGGGAAGUUCUGCGCAUCCUGCGGCAGGUCAUCAGCAUGUACCCUCUCCUCAACACGGUGGAGACGCUCACCGCUGCCGGCAAGCUCAUCUCACAGGUCAAAGGAUACCACUAUGAAGUGUGCAAUGAAGCAGACAAGAAAGAUUUUGAGAAGGCCAUCGAGACUAUCGCUGUAGCCUUUAGCAGCAAUGUGUCUGAGCUGCUGAUGGGAGAGGUGGACAGCAGCACGCUGUUGUCAGUGCUGCCGUCUGAGAAGAGCAGGUCUAUGGAGAACCUAUCGGGUCAUGAGUCUUCACACACAUGGAGUGAUUCAUCUGAGCUGGCGAUGAGCGCUGAAGAGGUGGACAUUAUCCUGCAGCGCAGUGAAGGAGGAGUGGACUCGGCUCUGACGUACGCUAAAACCAUCUCCAAAUACAUCAAGGAUAUGAUCGGCUACAUUGAGAGGAAGCUUGCAUUAGAGCUGGAGUUCUCCAAGGGCUUACAAAGGAUCUAUCAGACUUGUAAACAGACCAUCACACAGCCACACAUGCCCUUCUUCUCCAUCUACUCUCUGGCUCUGGAGCAGGACCUGGAGCAGAGCUCUGGGAUGCAUCAGGCGGCCUCCACCCUGCAGAACCAGACCUUCAUCAUGCCUCUGCUGCUCCGCAAACAAGAGCAUGAGAAGAAGCGCAAGGAGAUCAAGGAACAGUGGCUGAAGGCCAAGAGAAAACUGAUGGAGUGUGAGGCCAACCUGCGCCGGGCCAAGCAGUUCUACAUGACCCGCUGCGAGGAGUACGACAAGGCCAGGAUGGCAGCUAACAGGGCCGAGGAGGAGGGCGGCAGUUCUACCACCAAAACAGUAGACAAGAAGAAACGGCUGGAGGAAGAGGCCCGCAACAAGGCUGAGGAGGCCGAGGCCACGUACCGGACAUGUAUCGCAGAUGCCACCACACAACACCAGGAGCUGGAGCACAUGAAGGUCACCGUCCUGCGGCAGAUCCAGGAGGUCAUCAAACAGAGCGACCAGACCAUCCGCUCGGCCACCAUCUCCUACUACCAGAUCAUGCACAUGCAGACGGUAGCGCUGCCGGUGCACUAUCAGACGCUGUGUGAGAGCAGUAAACUGUACGACCCGGGACAGCAGUACGCCACGCACGUCAAAGACCUUCAGAUGAGCGAAGAGCCUGAGACGCAUUACAAGUUUGAGGCCUACUCUGCCUCCUCCAGCCAGCCGUCAACCAGAGCUCGUGCUGACAGCGCUAACACUGAUGCUCACAGCAGUGCUGAAGCGCCGCCCACGGCUGGAGAAACCGGAGAUACCAAAGAUGAACAGAAGAGAGCUCGAGGUCACAUGACCCACAAAUCCUGGGGCUCCACAGUGAGCGACACAGACAGUGUGGGAGGAGGAAGUGGCCUGGGAUCCCCGACUACCAGCACAGGUGACAUAAGUAAAAUGGCCCGAACAUCAUCGACCGGAACCAUGUCAUCAAACGAAGACCCAGAUGAGAAAGACUCAAAUGUGACUUCCUUUGAAACGCCAAAUUUAAACGGCAUCGAGCCUGAGAUCGUGGUGCCCACCGGGCCGUUCAGGAACGUGGGUCUGUCGAAAGCCGCUCAGACGCACAAACUGCGCAAACUGCGCUCCCCAUCCAAAUGCAGAGAAUGCGACAGCUACGUUUAUUUCCAGGGAGCCGAGUGCGAGGAGUGUUUCCUGGCCUGUCACAAGCGCUGCUUGGAGACUUUGGCCAUUCAGUGCGGCCACAAGAAGCUCCAGGGUCGCCUUCAGCUGUUUGGGCAGGAUUUCUCGCAGGUGUCCGGCAACAGUCCCGACAGCAUCCCCUUCAUCAUCAAGAAGUGCAUCGGCGAGAUCGAGAGAAGAGCGUUGAGAAUGAAGGGUAUUUAUCGCGUGAAUGGGGUGAAGACGCGGGUGGAGAAGCUGUGCCAGGCGUUUGAGAAUGGCAAAGAGCUGGUGGAGCUGUCACAGUCCUCGCCACACGACAUCAGCAACGUACUGAAGCUUUACCUGCGGCAGCUUCCAGAGCCCAUCAUGCCCUUCCGUCUCUACAAUAGUCUGAUGGGUCUAGCGAAGGAAAGCCUGGCUGUAGUGGGUCCAGAGGGAGCCGAGACGGGCAAAGGGCCCGACCUGGUGGACCUCGGCCCUGAGACGGACCCUGAACUCUUGGCCCUCGUGGACAGACUCAAGAAUCUCCUCAAAGAGCUGCCCAAACCAAACACUGCCAUUCUGCGCUACAUAGCGAGCCACCUGAGAAGGAUUGCAGAACUGGAAGAUGACAAUAAGAUGAGCCCGAGUAAUCUGGGCAUCGUGUUUGGCCCCUCACUGAUGCGGCCCCGGCCCUCAGGGGCCACGGUGUCUCUGUCGUCUCUGGUGGAUUACCCAUAUCAGGCUCGCAUAGUGGAGACCCUCAUUGUGUUUUAUCCCGCCGUUUUCCAUUCGGACUCCAGUCGGCCUGCAUGCGCCAGCACCCCCCGCACACAGUCUCUACAGCAGGAAAGCAGCAUUGAUGGAGAAGAACACUGUUCGAAUGAUGAACAAGGAGUCGCAGAUGAACCCGGCGCUGCAGAGUCAGACAAGUUAGAGGGCCAUGCAGAGAGUUCAACGGGAACGCCUGCUUCUCUGGAACACAGUCUGGACUCGGAUUCAGAAGCAGACGAGGAACGGUCCAGAGGUGAACUUCAGCCCCCCAGUCCUACAGAGCAGGCACUCGACUCUACCAAAGAAACCCAAAUGAGACCACCCGUCCUCCUCGUGAACCUGCAGUGUCCCUCCAGCUCAAACAACACCAGUGACCCCCCUGCCCUCCCUGAGAGCGAGCCGCCCGAGUUAGAGGAAGCGCCAGCAAGCUCGCUGGCAGCGUUGAAUCUCAAUCAGAGUAACAACACCACCACAACACUCACUCUCUGAGUUCAGACAGCCAGGGUUUGUCUGUGACGUUCCAAUGUGGGUUUUUUUGUUUUUUUUUAAAGAUGCGUUUCAAUAUUUAAAAUACUUCAGCUUAGAAUCCUGCAAAAAUUUACAGAUUUUUAAAAAUGGUUUUUAGCUUUAUUUUACAAAAACAGCGGGACGCUUCCGGUGUUAUCAUGCAUCGUAUCUUAUGAAAUGAUCUUAUACUCCAGUGUUGAUGAAUAUCUCUGUUGUUAAAUUUUAUAUGUUUGUGCAUGUGUUUUAAUAAUAAAAAAAAUGAGUGAUUUCAAAA